UUCCUAAAGUGAAGGAAACGGGUAAACAGGGGAAAUAGGUAGUUCUUGAUAACUGGCUGUUUGGUGAUUAAGAACUUGUGGAGCCAUCUAUGUGUAAAUACAAUAAAUGAACAUAUAUCAAAGUGGGCAUGGCAUCUAUUCUUGCCACGUGUGGCGAAUGGGUUAAAGUUGUAUAAAUCACCAAAUGAUAUUAUCCCUUUCACGACGGGUGACGCGUUAGGUGGGGAAAAAAAAAAAAAAAAAAAAAAAAAGUCCCAUGCGGCUGUACGCGGCUGCGGCGGCGCCAAAGCGCGGCGAGCCAGUGAUACAGUGAACCAGUGAUUCGGCCUGAUGUACGGAACUCGCGCCCUCGAAGUCGGCGCGCUGCCAUUGUUUGCCAGAGCGUAGAGUUUUUUAUUUGCCUGUCACCACUACAAUAUAUUUUGAAUAAAUUAUGUUUCUACAUUAAAGUUGUAUGAAUCACUAUCAAAUAAUAUUAAAAGCAUUACAUAUUACAGGUACUGUAUAAGGUAUGUCGUACUUAUUGGGAUUUAUGUACAGGUAUUCUUAAUGUAAACAAAACUUUAAAACAAUGGGGGAAAAGGCAAUGGAGACCCGACUUUCGACAUACGAUCAAAUCGACUUCCGAACAGCCUCUCGGUCCCCAUUAUGUCCAUAAGUUGGGGACUUACUGUAUAUAUAUAUAUAUAUGCAUGUAAUAUAUAUGCAUAUAUAUGUAAUACUUGUGUGUGUAUGUGUAUUAUAUACAUAAUAUAUAUAUAUAUUCAAGAUUUAUAAUCUAAAUGUAGAAUAUUUAUUAGAAUUUUCAAGAAAAAAAAAAAACUUUUAAUUUCAGAUCCUCCUCCGGAGUCGGUAGUGACAGAUGUGAAAGAAGAUUCCACCAUGGUCAACAAUGAUGGAGAUAUUCCUGCAGAUUCAUGGGAGCUGGCUGCUGAUGCUGCUACUCCAUCCCCAUCCCAAGAGACUCCACCCUCACCACCAACACCCACCACCCCAGAUGGUGAUGAAGAUGAAGAAAAUGAAUGUGUAAAAAAGAAGGUUGUCCUAGAAGAUGAAGAUCAGUUAGUGAAGAAGGAACCAGUCAAUGUUAUUUUCAUUGGACACGUUGAUGCAGGAAAGUCUACUAUUGGUGGGCAGAUAAUGUAUUUAACAGGGAUGGUAGACAAGAGGACCCUGGAAAAGUAUGAGAGAGAAGCCAAGGAGAAGAACAGAGAAACUUGGUAUCUGUCAUGGGCUCUUGAUACAAACCUUGAAGAACGAGACAAGGGAAAGACAGUAGAAGUUGGUAGAGCGUACUUUGAGACAGAGCAGAAGCAUUUCACAAUUCUUGAUGCCCCAGGUCACAAGAGCUUUGUCCCUAACAUGAUUGGUGGAGCUUGUCAAGCUGAUCUUGCUGUAUUGGUUAUAUCAGCACGAAAAGGUGAAUUUGAAACGGGCUUUGAACGAGGUGGCCAGACGAGAGAGCAUGUCAUGCUGGCUAAGACAGCAGGGAUUAAACAUCUUAUUAUUCUCAUUAACAAGAUGGAUGACUCCACAGUACAGUGGUCAGAAAAACGCUAUAAUGAAUGUAAGGAGAAACUCGUCCCUUACUUAAAAAAGGUUGGGUUUUAUAGCAAAGAUAUCACAUUCAUGCCAUGUUCAGGGCUAACUGGUGCUAACCUUCGAGACCCAAUUGAUGAAAAUGUAUGCAGUUGGUUUAAGGGCCCAGCCUUUAUCCCAUAUAUCAACGAUCUGCCUCCCUUGAAUCGUAAUGUUACAGGACCUUUCAUGAUGCCUAUAGUUGAUCGCUACAAUGACAGAGGAACAAUUGUCAUGGGUAAAGUGGAAUCUGGUGGUUGCAAGAAAGGGGAUAACCUUCUUGUGAUGCCAAAUAAG